AUGAUUUACUCCUAUGGUUGAUAUAAAUGCAGAAAAACAUUAUAUUUAUUUACUUUUAUUAAGUUGAAAAAGGCAAGAGUCCAGUACUUACGAGUUUUUGAUUUGAUAUGACGAAUCCAUUCAAUAGUGAACUUCUUUGUUUACUUCAUUUACCGAGUAUUUCUACUACCGUCAAUUCAAAGGACUUACUGAAUGUUAAUUACACAAGUUGUUUGCAAACAAUCAUCGAAAACCUGAUUGGGAUAAAGAACAAACGGUGAUCUAUGUAUCUGCACACGGAAGAUCUAUGUCAAUAAAUGGGAUUAAGCAAUAAAUUUAUCAGGCCGUAUUUUGCCUGCUACGUAAGCGGUUUGGUAAAUAUGGUGGAUUAAUAAUGUUACUGAUGAAAACUGUGAACUCUCAAAGAACUAGUGAAAUUCUGUGUGUGUAAUGUAUGAUGAAAAGUACUUUCCAAGUGGACCAGGGGUUUCAGAGAGAGUCGCAGAAACUGUAAGUUAGAUCAAGGUUUAAACGACUACUGACCUCCUUUAUUACUAUUAAAAUCGAACGUGGACAUAAAUUUGUAAUUUCUGAUCGUUGAUUCACCACCCGGACAAUUUCUACAAAGCUUAACUUGGAGAAUAUCCUUGUUAGCAUGAUUUCAGAAAAUUUGUCAAAUAAGAAGAAACUGUAAAGCCGUCAAUUUGAGUACCGUCGAGGAUGUGUCAAACAGUGGAUGUAGAAAGAAUGCAUUUCAAUCUAUAAAGUAUUUUGAAAGAAAUAAUAUUAGUGCGUCCGACAUCUUGUAAAAUAAAAUUUUCACCACCUCAGUUCACACAUUUACUUUACAAACUAAAUGUGGGUUAUAUGAAUAGUCAAAUGUACAUCAGUUGUAAUUCAUUUUUAGUUUGUAAAUGCAUGCGUCAUUAGCUUCUAUCGGCAGGGCUUGUACAAUCCAAGAAGAUGAAGAUCCGCCGGCCACCUCUUUGGAGAGUUCAUUCGACAUGCAACAAGUUGAUUACAUUGAACAAAGCUUAAGAUCAUGUACGUCUUCAGUGGAUGAGUUAGUCACACUCGCAUUAUCAUUAUGCCAUUCGAUUAAAAUACUACCAAAUUUUAAUAAGAUCGUUUUACAAGAACAUCCUUGUGGAAUCAAACAGAGUGAUUCGAUACUUAAUACAGAUAAAUAUGACAACAAUAAAAACCAACCAUCAUCAGCAUUGGAUGAACAUAUCAACUCAUCAACAAUUAACGACCCUAUUAUAUGUGUACAUACUUCUUCCAGUACUUCCAGAAAUAAAUCAGAUGAUUUAAACCACUUAACUUAUUUGCAUCGUUUCUAUUUAAAACUAUUGAACGUUGUACAUCUCGAUACAUUGAACAAUACCGUAAAAGAGUUAAGUUUAGGUUUGCUUGCAUUACUGGCUCAUUCAGAAACUGUUCUCAUUAAAGAAACCAAUUUAUUAGACUGUAUUUUAUCAAAAUUUUCUAUAUCAAGCAAUAAUAUUUAUUCUUUUCAAGCUCUUUAUGAGAAAAAUUCUUGUAAUAUAUUAAAUGAUUAUCAUGAGUUUUUAUUAACUACAUUAUUACAUUUUAAUGAUGAGAGUGGAGAUGAUGAUAUUGAUGAUAAUAGUAAUGACACACCUAUUACCGGUUAUACAACAACACAUUAUGAUUAUUCCUCACAACUAGGUGAACUUAGAAUUUUAUGCGAAAGUUUAAGACAAUGUUGGACACAGAUGAAACGUUUAGCUAAUGAACAACGAAAUAUGCAAUAUCGUUUAAAUCAAAUUAAUGCUUCAAAUAACUGUGAUACAAUUUUAACAAAACUCUUUUUAGAUGCAUAUAGAAUUAAUUCCAUGUACAGUAAAUUAUUAACAUUAGCUAUUAUUAAUUCUGCUCAAUAUUUAAUCUAUUCUGGUGUAUCAUUAUUAGGUUAUAUGGAAUUAUCACGUUUUACACAUGAUGAACUAUGGGAAAUGACACGUGGUAUUGAAGAGUUAAAUAUUUUACGAGGGCAUUUACAUAAUACAUUUCAAAUAUAUCGUAAUACACAUUUGUAUAAAUUAAUAUGUAACGACGAAAAUAUAUUUCAUUCUGCUCAAAUUUUAUCACCAACUACCGAUACUACUAGUAUUAGUAGUACUUUUAAACCAUUAUCACAACUUAUCUCAUAUAACUUAUUAAAUGAUCCUGUUGAUGUUGUAUUUUCGAUGUCUGUUGGAUGUUUAUUUUCACUAUUCGCUAAACAACGUUCCUUGCGUCUUGCUCAUCUAAUCUAUUUACACAUAUAUAAGUUUCCAAAACUGUUCUUUAGUGAACCUGAUGACAAUCAUACUACUAUCGAUUAUAAUCAUAAUUUAUCAAAUAAAAAUUUAUUACAACAAGAAUUUCAGAAAUUCAUUCAAGAUAAUCACGGUUUGUUAGCUUCAGACUAUCUUCGAAAUGAAUAUGAAUUUAUAUCAAAUUUCUUAGAUAUACUAUCUCAAUCAACUGAUCUAUUAUAUCAAGUACAGAAAUUACAACUUGUGUAUACAUCAGCUGCCGCUACAGCACAAAUAAGACAAGUCGAAGCCGAACAACGAUUAAAAACUUUUAGUAACACUAAUAAUUUGGAUCCCUCUUCUGUCUCCUCUCCUACCUCCUCCCCGUCUUCAUCUAUAUCACAUGCUGUAAGUGUUGAAGGUAAACAUGGUGUGUUAGUACGUGCUACUUCAACAAAUCAUCCAAAUAUGACGGAAACAAAAGAGAUAAUUUCUAAAACACCUGGAAAAACAGAUAUUCAUCAUAGAACUACCAUUUUACCUAACUAUAUUUCACGUUAUCAGGAUGCGUUGCAUCGUUCUAGCACAUUAGAUCGAUAUGUGGCAACUGGAUCAGCUGUUUCACCUUAUUCAUCAAUCAGUAAUCAUACACUUGGUACUGAUUUUACUAAAUUACAAUCGGAUAAUCAAACAAAACCAGACGAUCAUAAUUACAAAAAAGACAAGAAUGAUUCUACUAUUUAUACUGCAACUGAAAGUAGCAGUAUCACUGGUGAUAAGGAAAAGGAACAAAGUAAACCUAGAGUUAAUUCUAAAAAAGGUGUACAGUGGAGUGAUCAUCGUGAAGUUAGUACACGACAUCAAAUUAUAGGUCGGUAUUUGGAGAUGACAUGGAAGUAUUCAGAGAAUACGCUAACUAGCUUAUUCCUAUCCACAUCAAGCACGAUUAUUAAACAGAGGAACGGUAACAGUAAUAAUAUAACUGCAAAUGAACCUAAAUUGUGCAAAUCUACUUUAACUAUGCCAUCAGUGGAACUUUUAAGAUUGGGAAAUAAUAUUUGUCAAUUGACGAUCACAUCAGAUUUCUUUCCUACUGGUUUACUACCAGUGCUUAGAAAGCAAGCACUGAAGUGUAAAGAAUAUGCUAUUUGGCGAAACUGGUAUGAAGAACAUCAAAUGUUCAAGUGUAUAUUGAAGAAAAAUGACGAGAACACAAUUUCUGUAACAGAUGAUAACUAUAAUUUACAAGAUACCUCAGAGACUACAUUUUCCAAUAAUGUAGUUUCUCAUGAAACAUGUGAUCACUUAAAUCAUAAUUCAUUAUAUUCAAUUUACAAUAUAUAUGUUCAAAGGAAUACAGUCAAUACUUCUGACACGCAAUCAUCAUUUUGUCCUUUUAAUAUUGAUAAAUGUCACAACUGUUGUAUUACAAUGAAUUUACAGCGAUUAUGGGGCUCCAAAGCAUUUCUUAUUAUAACUGACAUAAAUUCGAUCAUUGAAUUAAUUACUUAUAUGACAAAAUUAUUUGUUAAUGAUGAACAAACUUGGAUGAAUAUUUUAUCGUUGAUACAAAAUGAAAUAAAAGCAUCAGGUAUCUCAUCAAUUGUACAUCAUUUCGAUAUUUCCAUACCUGAUUCAUAUAAAUCUCUAUUAUUAAAAUUAUACAAAGCUUAUGAAUAUACACGACGUUUAGAUGUCAUUUUUAUACGUUUUCUCAUUAUGUUAAAAAAUAUAUGUUUUAAUGAAUAUAACAAAUGUAUGAAAAAUUGGAAUGUUAUAUUACAACAAACUGAUGAUAAUCAUUCUAUCCAGCAACAAACAAACAUAAUUGAUAAUAAUAUAAAUCAAAUUACAUAUUACUAUCAACAAUCUAUAUAUAUUGAAUUAUUAUUAAUUCAUUAUGAAAAUCUUAUAAAAUGUUUUAAAAAUUUAACUGAUAUUGUUUUUAAUAAUAUCAUCUGUUGUAUUUUAUAUUGGUUCGGUUAUACAAAUAAUUAUGUAAAUGAUGAAAUACUGAAAGAAUUCAAACAAUUAUUUAAUCCAAUGAAUUCAUAUUUUCUGUCAAAUUUAACAUCGACUACAUCAUCAAGAUUAUCAGUAGGAACAACAUCCACAAUAUCAAAUAGUAAUUUUGAUGAUCUAAUUGAAAUUAAAACAAACUUAUUGAAUGUAGACAGAAAUGUUCUAAUACGGUUAGCACGUGUAAUAGGAACAUUAAGUCAAGUGAAUAAUUUAUUGAUAUCAUUAGAUAAGAAUAUUAAGGAAUGGAAAGAAACUUUAAGAAAAACAUUUCCACAGAUAAUGAAUAAACUUAUCGACAAAUACAUUCUUCAUUAUCAUAAUGAAAUACUAUGUAAUUUCCAAAUUGACAAUAAUGAUUUAAUUAAUCUAUUGACUAUAUUUCUUAAACCAAUUAAUAAAACAAUUGGAACUUGUUUUAAUUCACCUACAGAGAGAAUAAUUUCAAUUGAAAAUUCAUCAAUAAUAUGUGAAUAUCAUCAUAAUGUGUUUUAUUAUAUAAUUCAAUCAACAGUUAUUCAAUUUUUUCAUAGAUUAUCAUUAUUAUUAAAAGAGACAUCUAUAAAUUACGAUGAAUUUAUUCAAAAAUAUCUUAUCAUACGAUUUCAAAAUCAGGUGCCUUUAAACCUAUUAAAAGAAAUUUAUCAAUCUAUUAAGAUUCAUAAUCAAUCUGGUGAAUCUUCAUUAAAAUGUUUUCAUAGUACAAUGUUUACUGAACAUCAACCAGAUAAUGUUAUUCAAGAACAAGAAACUGAAAAGUUCUCAUCGUUAUCAUCAUUACUAACGGAUACAAAGCAGUUGAAGAGUAAAUUGAAUUCUGGAUCUGCAGGAGUUGACUUUAUUCAAUCCACAAUGGUAUUUAUGUCAACUGCCAUGAAAAAUACUGUGAAUAAACAUUUACCUAAAGAACCGAAAGAUAAAAUUGCAUCUUUUGCAGCUGAUGUUUGUUCUAAUCUACGUUUACCAUUCCGUAGUCAAACAACAAAUAAUCUCAAUAACUGUAGUAAAACCACAUCUACUACUACUACUACAACCGUAGCAAAAUCAUCAACUAUGAGAGAUAAAAAAGAAUCUCUCAACGAAUAUUCCAUGGAAAAUGAAUAAUACCUCUUAACAUAUGGAGUCCUAUUACUAUUUUGGUUGUGUUAUUUUUCUUGUCAAUAAUGUUUUUUUCCCGUUUUGCACAUUUAAUAAAAGAAUUAUUUCAAUCAACUAAAAUGUUAACAAAGAUUUAUUAUAAAAUUCACAAAACAUUUAUUUAGAGUAUCUCAUUUCAUUUAUACUCUUAUAAGAGUUUGUAAAAAAUUCUUAUUUUUUCUAACAUGUCUCUUUAUUUAAUUCUUCUAUCAUACUGUGAAUAGAUAACAAACAAUACAUAUAUCAAUAGAAUACUAAAAGAAUACUAGUAUUAAUAAAGUUGAUGAUAACUUUUUCUUUCUCUCUGCAAACUUCUUCAUUACUUCAUUAUAUUGAAUCUUAGCGAUGACAUUUGUCCUGUUUUCUAAUCUUUCAUAAUUUGCUUUCUCUUUCUUUUUCUUUUUUUUUACUAUUCUACCUAUGAACUUUAAAAUACGUCUUAUACAACGUUGGAAAAACAACAUAAAAUGAUAAUAACACAGUUUAUUCAUUAGUUAUAUUGUAAAGGAGAAAGUAACUCAAUAUUAAUUGACACAUUCUCAUUUGUAUAGUUAAUGACAAAUAAAUAAUAUCAUGAAUUAGCAUUACAUUUUGAAUGUCAUUGUGAAUUGGCAAUGAAAACUAUAAUCAUUUACUAUUAACACAUUUGUGAUGCAAUUAAGAUUAUAAUUUAUUUUAUUUUAAUAAUUUGUAGUUGAUUAAUUUCUUGAAAUCUCAUAUGAAUAAAACAUUAUAAUGAUGAUUUGAUUCAAUGUUAUUUUCUUUUCUUCAAAAUACUUGGAAUAAGCCAAAUAUUUGAAUUAUCUAGAAAUACAUGGCUAUCAUAUUGA